AUGAGUACUUUUGGCACUGUCGUCUUGGCUUUCUGCGUAGUCGGCGCUCUAGGUAGCUGUAGGUCGCACGCACCACGAGUUCAAAAUGUGCCACGAUCAUCCAGGAUUAUCGGAGGGGUGCAAAUUCCAAUCGAGAAAUAUCCAUCAGCAGCUAUGUUGCUUGAUUACCAUAUGGGCCACUACGGCCUCAAGUGUGGUGGUGUUAUCAUAAACAACAGAUCAGUACUGACUGCCGCGGACUGUAUAAGAGAAUUCGUUCCAGUUUCCAUAUGGCGUAUUCGAGUCGGUUCCAAUUUCAUAACGAGCGGUGGAAUUGUCCAUCGUGUCAGCCGACUUAUUUUACACCCUGAGUACAAUAUGUGUACUCGUGACAACGAUAUAGGGAUCAUAAGAUCCGCAACCGCCUUCGAGUACAGCAACACCGUACAACGAGCCCGACUUGCUAGCAGAAAUUAUGUUGUUCGUGACAGUGAGGUGGUGUAUGCUGUUGGCUGGGGGGCUUAUAAUCAGAAAGAUCAAUUUUACGUCUCGGAAGAACUUCGUGAAGGGGCAUUAGUAACGAUUAAUGCUGAAGAAUGUAAGGAUCACUACAAAUGGUGGAGUGGGUUGAACGUAACAGACGGCAUGAUUUGCACCAGUCUCGGUUUUUCUGGGAAAGGCCAAUGUCUUGGUGAUACUGGAGGACCAAUCUAUCACCAGGGCGCGGUCGUGGGUAUCCACGUAUGGACGGACGUUAUCCAGAACUGUAGUGAACAAUAUGCGCCUGGCGUCAAUAUGAAAAUCUCUAGUUACGUUUCAUGGAUUUCGGAGAAUGCUUGA